AUGGCAUCCCUCUACCAGACCCCCCUCGCCUUCCUCCGGCCCCGAGCCGUCCCACGGCCAUCAACAAUCGCCCGUUUCCUGGGCACCACGCGAGCUACCUCAUCCUCAUCCCCAUCCGCAUCCGCAUCCACACCCAUAUCCACACAUCUUGCGAAAUCCCCAGUCCCCUCGAAUUCCAAACCCUACCGCGUCCCCCUCACACCAUCCGAUUGUUUCCCCGUAUACCAGCUGAAGCAACGAGGCGGCAACAAGCUGCUUACGAGGGUCAAGAACAUCCAAGGCGAUAUAGCUGCUUUCAAGACGGAUUUACAGAAAUCCCUAGCUGUGGCGGAUGAUAAGGAGGUGGUUAUUAAUCAGUUGACUGGACACAUUGUGAUAAAGGGGCAUAGGAAGAAAGAGGUUACGGCAUUUUUGGUUGAGCAUGGGGCGUGGUGCAAGGAGGGUUACGAGCUUUUGUGA